GAAUCUGCGAACUGAACUUUGUGUGUUGGUAACAUUGAAAUUUGUAAAUUGGCAACAGUUUGAUUAUUUUGGUAAAAGUCGAUUGAUGACAGUCAGAAAAGAUUCCAAUUAUUUAUUUGUUGAAUCUUCAAGUUUGAGAAAAAUAAUCGGUUACAAAUGUCACAAUGUUUAGGUAUUCGUUAUCGGGGUAUCUUUUUGCACUCACAUUAUUGGAGUUAAUUAUUAAAACGCACCUUACUUCUCAUGACAGCAGUCAUGGGUUUAUUAACAAGAAUGGCAAAUAUUUGGAGGACGAUUUCAAAAGCAUUCAUGAGGAAAUCUCCUCAGGACUGCGUGCCUCACAGAUAAAUGAUUUUAAUUUGAAUCUUAAACUGGAACCAUCCAUUCUUGAUUUCAAGCAAAGGCAACUGGGAAUUGCUCAUUUAGAAAAAGUCACAUUAUUUAAUACAGAUAAAAAUAAAACCAUUGAUAUGACUUCCAUAUCAGGGAGCACAGCAUAUUUUCAUAGUUCUUUUUUUGAAACCAAGAAAAUUCCACCAAAUGGCAACACAACAUUUAAUGUUGUUUUUUUGGGACGGGAAGAAGGUUUGGUUGAAGGUAAUUUAUUUAUUCAUUCAUCUGAUGGUUAUUUUAAGUAUAGCGUAAAAGGAGCAACAACUUAUAGUCGUUUCAGACUUAGACCCAUUGUCGGUGUAAAAUUACCAUUAAAUGCGACAUUUUCACCAUUAAUUUAUUUAUAUAACCCUCAUCCAAAACCAGUUCAGAUCACGGAGGUGUACAGCAGCGGCGGAGAGUUUCAUUUAGAAUUGCCCACCGGUGAUCAGGAAGGUCCCAAUGAUCUUUGGGAGAUCGCGCCCUACCAAACCAAGGCCAUUAUCAGGGUCCGGUUUAGGGGCAAAGUUGUGCAAAAUCAUACUGCAUACGUUCGGAUAAAGCUGAACUCGCAGAGCGAGCUGCUGGUGGUGCCGCUCGAGGUGGAGGUUACCCCGGACGCCGAGAUGGUGCAUCCGCAAGGCGGCAUCGACUUCGGCAUCGGCGGCAACCUCGAUCCGCCCAAGGAGGCGAAGCUGUGCGUCUCGAACCCCACCAAGAAGCCGAUGCGCGUGCACAGCGUCACCGCUACGUCGAAAGCGAUCGAAGUGAGCUACGAACCGGCGCGAGUGAUGCCGGACGCGGACGACAACAGCGGCUGCACCGAGGUUGCCACGUUGACACUUAACUGGAAACAUGCGUUCGAUAAACAGGAAUUCUCGGGCAAGAUCCACAUAAAAUACCGGCAAGGCAAGAACACGACCGUCAUCCCGUACUAUUUGACGGUGUUGGACGGCGGCGUGACCUUCGACCUUCUUCAAACUUCGUAUUUCGUCGACGAGCACGCGGGCGAUCUAAACUCGCGCGAUUUCGUCGUUCGAAACGAUUUUUACAGUCCGGUCGAGGUGCUCGGCUACGAAAUGCAGGACGAGGCCAAAAAGUAUUUUAGGAUUGAAUCGUUUACCCCCAUGGUCUUAAAACCGACAAACGAAAAGACAAUUUUCCGUAUAAAACUGAAACCGAACGCUAAUUUGAGCGGGGUAAACUUAAACUCUCAAAUCACCAUUAAAACGAACGUCACGGAAAUAGCGGUUCCACUUCUGAGCUACAAAGGAAAACUAAAACUGUUUUUGCCAUAUAAGGGUCCGGAUAAUACUCUGGAUAUCGGUUUGAUAAGCUACAACACUCAGAAAAACGUUUAUUUUUUGCUGGCCAAUCCCAACCCUGUCAGUUUGGUAAUGAAAACCAUAAGAUCUUCUAUACCAAUGACAAACAUGGAACUGAUGGGGUGCAAGAAAGGAAACUACGAGAGUGCUUUGCUGCAAAUCAAGCACAGAAACUUAACAAAUUGCAUUAACAUCAAACCCAACCAUUACGCUGUUGUCAAAUUGUCGAUACAAACUUCCGGUUCGGAAGGGCAAAUUUGGGGCGACGUUUACGUCGAAACGCAAUACGAACAGCUUUCGAUUCCCGUGCAUUUCCGAGUGGCUCCGGGAAAACUCGAAGUCGGACCCGAUCGCCUCGUGUUCGACCAGUGUUUUCCGGGUAAAAUUUGUUCGCACCCUUUAAGAGUGCACUCGACAUUUCGGGAACCGAUGAUAAUCGAGAACAUUGUCAGUUUGCCGCCCGACAAAAGGAUUUCCAGCAAACAUUCCGGGCACAUUUUGGCCGGCACCAGUAAGGUUAUCGGUCACCUGUACUUGGAUCCGAAUGCCGAGUGUAAAACUCAGUGUUACACUGGGUUGGGAGAAGUCGAUUACUGGAUAAAAAGUUUAACAUUCUCGAAUUUCACAAGAGAUUUUGAUAUUGUAAUGCUUAAUAUUUUAUACAGCCGUUACCUAAACGAAACGGCCGACGGGUUGAGAAAAUGGCAAAAUAUGACAAUUAGAAUCGACACUUCCGAAGUUAAGGGACACAUUUUCAAAACAAGGGUUAAAAUGAGCUGGCCGAGCCUCCUCCUUAGCGACAGCGUCGAAAAUCGUUCGGUAUUCGUGUUCCCCACCACGCAGAUCGGCAACCUGAGCUACCGCAACAUAUCGCUGCGCAACCCGUCUGCGCACAACCUCAUCAUUCAGCUAGUUUUCGACAAAAACUACGGCGACGUCGAUCUGCUGUACAACGUCUUCCCCAAGGAGCUGUUGCCCAAGAAAACCAAAGAGUACCAGCAGUACGGAUUCUUUUUCGUCGAUUACAAGAGGCACCUGGACAAAUUCCGCGAGAAAUUGAAAUGGGAUUACGCCGACGAGACGUUGCCAUUUUUGCUGGCGCCCGGCGAAAACGUUACGGUUACAGUCGGCUUCCGAGCCGAAGAAACCAACUACGUUUCGUCUCUUCUAGUCAUUAGAAAUAACCUAACCAUCGUGGAAUUGAUAACUAUGCGCGGCCAAGGCGUGCACCCGCAGUUUAAAUUCGGCAACAGGAAACCUGGCUCCGAACAACCUCUAUCUUUUGACAUGACCGAACGGCAUUUAAAGGAUUGCGAGAAGGAUAAAAGUUCCGGGUUCACGCCGAAUUUGACUGUAAAACGAAGCUUUACGGCGAGAAAUAUCGGAGAUGUGACAAUCUACGUGAACAGUUUUUACAUUAACGACUACCCCUGCGAAGGGUACGGUUUUAAGGUUAUCAACUGCGUGCCGUUCGUGCUGCAUCCGAACGCCACCAGAAAAAUCGACAUCGCCUUCACGCCCGACCUAACCCUCUCCAAAGUAACGAGGACCUUGAUACUGGGCACAAGCCUCAACUUCCCCGUCAACUACACCCUCUACACGACGAUACCGUCCCAAUACUUGAGCAUGUGCUCGGAGCUGAUCAUGCGGCCCUACUGGGAGAUAUACGUCAGCUACGCGGCCAACGGGCUCAUGGUGGCGCUGCUGUUCGUGAUCGUCUUCCUGGCCGCCCUGGACGCCGACAAAAUCAAGAGGCAGUCGAUGCGCGAGGCCUUGAGUUCGCCCACCGCGUCGGUGCAGCCCGUGCUGGACCUCCGAUUGGUCGGGCAGCAGACGCGCGAGGAGAUCAAGGCCAAGCCCGAUAAGAGCGACAACAACAACGACAACGAUCUCGGCAAGCACAAGUUCAAGGAGAACGUGGAGAACGGCGUUAACAAAAGCAAAGCCAAAGACGAGAGCGACAGGUAUUCCGCGAUGGUGGCCGUCAGCGGCACCAGAGGGAAGAAGAAGCUCGGCAAGAGGAACAGCGGCGAGUUGGCGCAGGAGCCGCCGGAAGUGCCGAAGAAGCCGCCGGAAGUGCAGCAGCCGAAGGCCAAGCCGGUCGAGAAGAGAACCAACGUGGUGGCGCCCACUCAAACGCAACCAAAGAUCUCCAAUGGCAAGCCGGCGAGCGGCAAGAAAGUGCAAGCCAGGAAUAACGGUACCAUCAAUAAUGGUACUAAUACUAGUGUACCUGCCUACGAAGAAGAGAGUUCUUCGACGACGACCGAAAGCAGCAGUAAUUUGGAGGAUCCGGAUAAGGAGAACGAACAGCAGCAGCAACAGCAGAAGGUGUACGCGAAAAAAUCGCCCUAUCAAAAAAUGGAGGAGAUCAAUAAUAAAGCGAAUGAAGCGGCCAAUGUUCAUCAGGAGGUUUGCAAGCAGGAAAAUAAUAUGCAUAAUAAGGUUGAAAGACAACGUUCGAACCCAAAAUCCCGCACGAAACCGUUCAAAGAAUCGCAAGAAUCCAGCACCAUGAAACCGCCAUCGAACGACGCGAACCAAACGAGCAACGCGUCGCCCACAAACAACACGACGUCCCCAGCAACGGCGAACGCCUUCGGCAACGCGAAACGCGAACACAAAAAGCCGGGCGGCAAGACGCACAAGGACCGCAAGGAGCGACGCUCCGACUACAAGAAGCUGGCGGCCGAGAAGGCGGCGGCGGCGGCGGCGGCUCUGGCGCUCAAGGUUAACGCCGAGGCGCGCAAGUCGCCGGUCAGCCCGCCGCCGCGCGCCUCCUCCCCCAAGUCGCCGUCGACCGUUUGGAGCGAGAACAGCGCCACGUUCAGCGACGUGGUGGCCAGGACCGAAACUUUGAGCACCAACAGGCCGUUGUGUCAGAAAGCGGCUUUGAACGCGAAGCCGACCGUCUACGUGGAACCGUACAAGCAGACGCCGAGCGCCGAUCUCGGCCCGGUCGGGUCCCGACGCGUCGAGCACUACGGCGACGCCUACCUCGGCCACGGCUCGCAGCCGACGCAGCCGCCCCACGCGCCGCACCAACCGCCGCCCGCCCAGCAGACCCACGUCGUCGACACCUCGAACAGCUUCUUCUCGACGGCGCCGCCGCCGCCGCAGCAGCAGGAGCAGCUGCUCAGGCAGCCCGAGCCGGCGGGGCCGAUGCCGCCGCAAGACGUCGUCGCAGGCGGCUAUCUGGAGGAUUUUUUGCAGGCGGAGCCGUGGGCGCAGACGCAGGUUUACGGCAACGGGCUCGACCGCGACAUCUACGACGGAAACGGGCAAAAUCAAAAUAAAGAUUGGAACCACCACCACGCCAGCACCGACAACACGUCGUUCUGGAACCACCAUUUCGGUCUGUUCGGUCCCGGGCCCGCCACCACCAUCUCGGCGCCGGUGAGCACGCUGGCCGCCGCCGCGCAGCAGCAGCAGCAACAGAUGCACCAGCAGCAGCAGCAGAUCAACUAUCUGUGGGGGUCGUCGUCGGUUUGGCAACCGUGGACGCCGGCCGUCGAGCCGCCGCGCACCCCGACUAGAACGCCCCCUGGAUUCAGCGAACUGCAACCGAGGAAUGUCGUCAACGAGUGCCAGCUUCAGCAACAUCAGCAGCACCAGGCGCAUGCGCCGAGAGCGGACUCCUACAGCCCGUUUCCGGUGUCAAACAUCUGGAACUCGGAGCCGAACCCUUGGAGCUACAACCAGGGCCAAUGAAUAACUGAAUACGAUGAUGAUGUAAACACAAGUUCUUCUUAUAAUCCGCUAGGGUUCGCGUCGUUAGUAUUUAUACAGGUUGUGCCAAAAAAUAGUAUGUGGAAUCCGAUCUGUCGUGCGUUAGUGUUCGAUUCCUGAGUACAACCGGAAGUUUGAUUUGCUCAUGUUCCGACACGCCCUGUAUUCUCUGUAUUGUCUUUUUGCACAUGACCGUGUGGUCGUGUAGAUGUGUUUUCAUAAGACUGUAUGUACUUCACCUAUAAUACUCAUUUCAGCCCAAGUGAUGAUUUAUUGAUGAAAUUCAAUUAAACUUAUUUUUAUUAAACCCUAACAAUUACUUUUUUAUUUCUUUUUCGGUUUAUGCAGAGUAACUUAUGAUUUUCUUUAAAAAAUUAUGGACUAAACUUUUUUUUACCGUUUUUGAUGAUGUUUAUUUUUUAUUUUGUUGGGCUGUUUGCUGUGUAGGAACCCUGGUGUAAAAUAUUUAUUUAAAUGUUCUUAAACCCGUAUUUAAACCAAUCUUCGACUGUGUCACCAAAUCUCUUCUUAAAAUGUCGACGUUCAAUAAAUGUUUUAAGCAGCAAC